AUGUCACUGGCAACAACAAAUCCAUAUGCAAACCACCCUCAACUGUCCGCGCUAGAAGCAGAGGUCCUAUGGGAAUACGCAAAACUCUCCGACACAAUCAGCAAGAUCGGAACGCUGGCGCGAGACACGGCCGAAACACCCAACGAGUCGCUUCUGGCGUCCCUCCGUGACCUUGAGACCAAAAUGAAGCUCGUGUUCACCACAGGCCUCCUCCUCCCCCAGUUCCAAACUUCCGUCUUCCUCAUCAACCAAGAACACAAUCUUGCGAGCGAGGACGCGGCGCAGCAGGCGUACGACCACGACCACCACCAAGAAGAGGGCGCGUCGGGAUACACGAGUUAUGCGCACUACGACGACUCGGAGGGCGACAGCACCAUCCAGUACUAG